UCUCCUGCUGAAAGGACGACAUCGAACCAGGGCAUGUGCAUUGCUGCUGUGCAACCCCAACCUGGUACAGCUUAGGUAGUUGGUUUAUACAAAGUCAGGCCAUUGAUGCAUCUGAGCUCAGGCAGAGGCCCUGCUGGGGUUUUUCCUAGCCUAAUUUAGGGAUACUGGAAACUGAAGCUUGGGCUCUGUGGCUGAGCUACGACUCCUUGAUGACUGAGAACAAUAUAGCCAAUGCCUUACUGGCAGUGGCUGGCACACCCGCACACCCACGGUGCCCUGUUUUUGCCAUCAGUCAUUGGGAUUACUGAACCCUACUUGAGGGUUUCUAUACCCGGGCUUGCAUGUUGACAGAGAGACUGGUUUCCUCUCCUCGCUGUCCCCCGCCCUUUAUUCAUCAGCUCUGCUUUGCUUGCAGGUAUGAUGGUAGCCAAUUCAGUCACUCUGGGUUUCUUCUGCACGAGUUUCUUCUGGUUGCUGGUUCGUCCCGAGGAUCUCUGGAGGAGGCAGCAGCAGGCCAAGGUGGAGAACUCUAGGCACUGUCCUUGGCAAUGCAUAACCUUUGUCCAGAUGUGGCCUGGCUCGUUCUGCAUAGCUCUGGGAAAGAGGUUUGAGUGUGUCAUGCCGAAAGACGCAAACAACUGGACCAUUCAUGGAUUAUGGCCCAGCAAUGUCCUGCGCUGCUGCCCAUAUAGAUACCUCUUCCCCUCCGACCUGGUGGACUUGACGCCUGAACUGAACAAGCACUGGCCAUCCUUCAUCAACCUGAGCAACUUCCAGUUCUGGGAAAAAGAGUGGCAGAAACACGGGAGCUGCGCCGGCUGCGUGGAAGCGCUGAGCUCUCCCAACAAAUACUUCCGAGCCGCCCUCUUCCUGCGCACAAAAUAUAACAUUGACAGCGCCUUUCAAAGAGCUGCUGUCAUCCCAUCUUGUAUCCAGAGCUACCAGCUCAGCACCUUUGUGACAGUGUUGCGGCCCGUCCUGGGAGACCAAUAUGAACUCCAGUGUGUGACUGACAUCCAGGGGCGUCAAAUAUUGGUGCAAAUAAAGGUUUCCCUCCACAGCAAUUUCUCCUCCAGCUGCAUUGCAGACUCCUACUACAACACCUCCCCUUACAAGCCCUGCAGGAGCGAGAAGAGGGUUUUCUAUUUCCCCGCCAGCCAGAAGUAUCCGCGCAACCCCUGCCCCAACUCAAGGCAGGUAGAGAUGUGAAUUCUGCAAGGCGGAAAAAAGGCUAUAAGCAGCUAAAAUAAAAACUUUAGGAAUGGAUACUUGCUCUGGUGUGUGUUCUUUUAAUAGAAUUCCCUGGGCUCUACCACAGUGGUACCUUGGUUCUCAAACUUAAUCCGUUCCAGAAGUCCGUUCCAAAUCCAAAGCGUUCCAAAACCAAGGCGCGCUUUCCCAUAGAAAGCAAUGCAAAACGGAUUAAUCCGUGCCAGACUUU